GUCUCUUCAGCACCGCUCACUGACAAUCCAACCGAGCGGAGAGGCAAGACAGGCGAAACUGAGUUCUCUGCAGCCUGCUGUGGAUGGGGUUUUUUUUUUCUCAUGAAAACAGAGCAGGAAACAACAAUUCCUGAUUUCAAUCCACAUGCUGAAAGUAAGAAUUUAGAUUUAGUGGUCUUUUUUUUUUUUCUAACAGGACCGACCAUGUGGUUAGUGGAUGUAUGAUAUUAUAAUUUUCACUGCGGAUUCUGAUCUUAUUUUUCCACAAUGAACUUAGUUUGGUCUUUUUAUUACACUUUGGAAGUCCAGAAAAAAUCACUUGAAUUAAUGAGUUGUUCCUGAGAGAAGUUUAUUUGAUUAUUUUACGGGAGACUUCAAACGUUAAGUGAGUAAUUUAUGAGUCAUUCGCUUGCUUUAAAACGUGGAAUUUGUGUAUUUAGUCGGGAUGCUGACUUUAGUAGUUGGACUGCUUUUCCUGGCCGGUGGACACACGGUGCGAACCCAGGAUGCUACAGGUAGCCGCUUCGUUUGUAACGCCAUUCCCCCGGGUGCAGAGCCGGGCUGCGGGUACGUUUCUACGGGGAACCGUUUUCAGAGCAGCAGCCCUGUGGAGGACGAGCUGCGGAACACGAUCAUUCAGCUCCGGGAGACCAUCCUGCAGCAGAAGGAAACCAUCGUGAGCCAGCAGGGAACCAUCAAGGAGCUCAACUCCAAGCUGGCGCGCUGCGAGGCGGCAGCCGAUGUGUCGUCGCAGGGCAAGUCCCGGGGUCAGGGCUCCAGACGGAAGGAAUACGGCAAGAACACCAUGGGGGACCUGCCCCGGGACCCCGGUGAGACCAUAGACCAGCUCGGCAAGACCAUGCAGAGUCUCAAGGGUCGGCUGGAGAACUUGGAGCAGCAGAGUCUGCGUCUGCCCAGCACAAAUGUGUCAGCUGGAGGUGUCUCUGCCCUGACUCCCCUGCCACCAGAGCUGCGGGAGCUGCUACGCCAGCGUCUGGGGGCGCUGGAGACCCAGCUCCUCCGGAAGGUGGCUGAGCUGGAGGAGGAGAAGAGCCAGCUCUACAAUGAAACAGCGGCCCACCGCCAACGCACCGAGAGCGCUCUCAAUUCCCUCCUGGAGAGGAUCACCGAGCUUGAGAAAAGUAAUAAUGCCUUCAAGUCACCUGAGGAUUUCAAGGUGUCCCUCCCUCUUCGGACCAACUACCUGUAUGGCCGCAUCAAGAAAAGCCUCCCAGAAAUGUACGCCUUCACCGUGUGCAUGUGGCUCAAGUCCAGUGCCAGUCCCGGCAUAGGGACCCCAUUUUCUUAUGGCGUUCCAGGCCAGGCCAACGAGAUAGUCCUCAUCGAAUGGGGGAACAACCCCAUUGAGCUACUAGUUAAUGAUAAGGUGGCCCAGCUCCCCCUGUCAGUGAGUGAUGGGCGCUGGCAUCACAUCUGCAUCACCUGGACAACCAGAGACGGUUUCUGGGAGGCGUACCAGGAUGGUGAGCGUCUAGGCACCGGUGACAACCUGGCCCCCUGGCACCCAAUUAAACCUGGAGGGGUGAUCAUACUGGGCCAGGAGCAGGAUGUAGUCGGAGGCCGCUUUGACGCCACCCAGGCCUUCGUGGGCGAGCUGAGCCAGUUCAACAUGUGGGACCGAGUACUGCGGCCUGUGGACAUCAUGGGCCUGGCAAACUGCUCAGCCUACAUGCCCGGCAACGUGGUUCCUUGGAUUGAUACUAAUGUGGAAGUGUUUGGUGGUGCAAGUAAAGCUGCUCUGGAGAUCUGUGAAGAUCGUGCUUUUGAUUCCUAAAGGAUCUAAUGUAAGGAAUCCAAUGUGGCCACUGAGACUGAGAAGCUAAGUAUUCUGACUGAUUAUGCUUCUGUCAAAUCCCAAGGGAAAGGGUAUCAGUGCAACAUUCAUACAUAUUUAUAUGGUCGGCAUAAUCACACAGACUCGGUGUUUAUUGGGCUCACAUGUUGAUGUGUCCUUUCAAAUUGAAUCCUAAAGACAUUACAGGAGACGUCAAAUUAGUGUCCUCAUUUGAAGAUCUGCUGCUGCAUCAGUCUUCUGUAGUGAUAUUACCUACUGUCAUUCUGUGUUUUCACUUCAGUGGAUCAGCUUUCAUUUGACUCCUCUUUGAAAACAGCUCUUUUUGGUUGCAUUCCCUAUACUGAAAAAGCUGCACUGUAUCCGUAGUGAAUGUGAGCUCAAACAGGCUUUGAUGUGCUAUGGAACACUAUUCCUGAGUUACGUGGUAGAGCACUACACGCUGUGAGCUUCCUCAUUGUUUGAAGAGCACCGAACCAGGAAUGCAGUGAAAUGAGGAGGAUGCUCGUGAGUUCAAAGUGGCCGAGAACAACCCUCGCCGUUGAUCAUUCCGAGGCGUCCCAACAUGGCAGAUUGUCUAAAUGUUUUGCAUGAGUGCGAGCGGUGAAUGGAAGUCCAGUUCAGAAGGGACAGUGCAUGCUUUCUGUCAAUACACAGAGUGUGUGUGGUGUGUCCAACAAGCCAAUG